AUGGUAGGUAUCAGUAAGUUAGUCUAAGUCUCAAAAGUUCUAGUUCUACCCUGAUGAGUCAUCGAUCGUUUAAAUAAGCUAAAUUGGUCUUUCUUUUGGGGCUCUCAGAUUGAGACUGUUAGCCGCCAUACUGUUUUCUGCCAUGCUAGGGACAGCAGGCUUGGUUUAGUUAAUUUUUCUGUGAAGGCUAAAGCUUUACGCUUGGCCAGUUUGCUUCGUGUUUUGGAUGACCCGUCGUCUGCGUGUUUUUACCCCGCUAGGUAUUUCUGCGGCAGUAGGCUGUCCCGCUCGUGCCCUGAGUGAGCUUUUUUGCGGGACAACCGCUGUCAAAACGCAUUUUUUCCUUCUAGUUUUUAUUCUGAGUGUCUCGCUGUUGCUGAUUCCCUUUGUGUUCCUAGUGAUUUUAUUUUUUCCUCUAAGUCCCUCUAUGAGGAGCUGAGGAAGGUCUCUUCGUCUGCUCCUCCUUUCCAUCAUCAUUGGAAGAGUCUGGCUCCUGCUUCCUUUUUAAUAAAGUCGCAUUGGGAGCUUGUGUGGGGCUCUUUUGCCGAAAAUUUUAAGAACGACCUCUUUUGGUUUAUUUCACUGAAGGCUGUUAAAGUGCAUGAUAGUUUGUGUCAGUGGGGGUACAUCAAGUGCCCCGUUUGCGCUAGUUGCCCCUGUAGGGAAACAAUUAAUCACUGUUUCCUGCAUUGUAAGCGAGUUAAACUAGUCUGGUCUUGUUUUCUUCCCCUUCUUACCUUCUUCAUGCCCCCCCCCCCCCGUGUUUUUGCUAGUUGCCCCUGUAGUGAAACAAUUAAUCACUGUUUCCUGCAUUGUAAGCGAGUUAAACUAGUCUGGUCUUGUUUUCUUCCCCUUCUUACCUUCUUCAUGCCCCCCCCCCCCCGUGUUUUUAUAAAUAAUUUGCCUUUUGUUUUUUUUUUUUUUGUUUUUGACUCCCUCUUCGAACUAUAAAAAUGUCCUUAUCAUUUAGUGCAAACAAUAGUCUAUGCAAUUUGGAAAUUUAGGAAUCGGGCUACCUUCUAUAACGGUCACGAUGAUCACCGAGCAAUCAUUAAGUAUGUUUUACAAGAUGCUAAGUUCCGUAUUCAUUGUGAUUUUGUGUCUCUGUCUCGUACCUUGUUUUAUUCCAGAUGGGUUUUACCUGGCCUAGGGAAAGAAAUCCGGAAAAGAACGAAAAAGAACUGCAGUCUGGUCCUGGAAACAAUGCACAGACAAGAAAGCCUGUAACCGUAAUAGCAGGAGAUUCAAUCAUCCAAAACAUCCGUGGUUGGAGCCUUUCUAAAACCAACAAGGUAGUCGUAAAGCCAUUUCCUGGCGCAACAACUUAGGACAUGGAAGACUUUAUCAAACCCAUCCUAAGAAAAGAUCCUGAGAAUAUUAUAAUCCAUGUUGGAACCAACGACGUAAACUCCAAAGAUCAAGUGUAGUAUCUGUUCUUAUCGCUCUCGUUUUCGUUAGUGCUUGGAUUGCUUUCGUAUUGGUCUUGUUCUUUCCCUUUUGGCCUGGAGUUUCAUUCUGUGAGGUUUGUAGUGUUGUUUUGCAUGCCAUUUUCUUCGCUGGAGUGAAUUUUUUCUUCACUGUACCAACACGUGCUCUGCGCAAUGGCUGCGCGACCCCGCGCAACCUUCACGCACACAAAAACUGUCCGUCUCAUCAUGGAGGAGGAGAUGGAGUUAACCGCGAUCGAAAUUGUUUGGUCUUUACCUGAGUUCCAGGAGGAAAUCACGGGCAUUGUCCCCAAUUUUGGGGGGCAAAUGUUUUGAUAUAACAUUACGCACAACCGAGCUGCCACACGCUUGGCCACGUCUGGCUUUGAUUAUGGAGCCGAAAGGAAACCCCUAAAUUUACUUGGGGCGAAAACUAUCCACGUCUCGGUGUUCGUUGCCGUGGAAUUUCCCGAUCAAGAGAUUGUCAAAUUUUUAAAACAGUAUGGACAGCUGAGGUCCGAACAUCUCCGGCGCCUCUGCUACACUGAAGAGGGGUUCACUUCUAUUGAGCGCGGUAUCUACGUCGCGGAAUUUAUCACUCGCGAAAGAUCUGCCUCAGGAGGUCGUCACCCAAGGUUUGGAAAUAUUUUCUAAAUACACCGGUCAGCCGAUCACUUGUUACCGCUGCGGAACGGCCGACCACGUAGUUAAAAACUGUCCGAAACAACGCUCGCGUAUCGGGCACCUUCGUGUGGAAGAUCGUGUUUUGCCUGGCCUGCCGAACCCCCCGGACAGCAAGGAGGCUCAACUGGAAAGUGAAACCAUUACUCCCAGCACUCAGGACUCUGACGAUGAAGAUCGUACACCGAGCGAGACUCUUUCUUCAACGCCCGCGCUGUAUUCCGGAGUUGUAUCUCGCAAUCUCUUCUCAGAGCCAAGCAAGACCUCGCGUAAAAAGCCACCACCCUCCCCCGAAAAGUCGGGAAACCCGGAGCCUAAAAAGGCCGCAGCUUCAAACGGCAAACCAGCAACAGCCGCGAAACCCCGAUGCGAAACACCAGCUAUCAAGUUCUUAAAGAAGGCGCUUCACCAAACAGGUCCGGAGCAAACAAAACUUAUGCACACAGUUUCCCACACAGGGAAACAAUUGACCAUUGUUUCCUGCACUGUAAUCCAGCUAAAUUAGUCUGGUCUUUUUUCUUCCCCUCCUUACCUCCUUUAUGACCCGAAAACCCGUGAAGAUCGUACACCGAGCGAGACUCUUUCUCCAACGCCUGGGCUGUAUUCCGGAGUUGUAUCUCGCAAUCUCUUCUCAGAGCCAAGCAAGACCUCGCGUAAAAGGCCACCACCCUCCCACUCGUGAGUAACAUGCCUUCUGUUUUCUUUUUAGAGUUUACGACUCCUUGUUUGAAACAUAAGGAUGUCCUUAUUUAUUUAAUUCACACAAUUGUUUAUGCAAUGUGGAAAUUUCGAAAUCGAGCCACUUUCUACAGGAGGACACGAUGACCACCGAGCGAUUAGUAAGUACAUUUUACAGGAUGUUAAGUUUCGUCUUCCUUGUGAUUUCGUGUCUAUGUCCAGUACCCUGUUCUAUUUUCGAAGGGUUUUCCCUGGCCAUUGUCAGGUUGUGGGUGAUAAGUUGAUUAUAGUCUUCCCGUAAUGUUUUGUAAAUAGCUUCUUAAUGCUCAUUAUCACCUGUCCUUUUUGAGACUGAUUGUAAUCCUGCCAGUAAAUAGUCAUUAGUGAUUAGUUUUAGUGAUCUUAUAAAUAGGUUCUGUUGAUUUUUCAUUAAACUUUUAUAACAUCCAUCUGUUCUUAUCGGUGACAUUUUCGGUGUCUCUGCUGAAAACGUGAACAGUUCCUUUUCCCGCACUUGGAUCGCCCUGUUUUUGGACUUUUUCGCUUCGUCUCGCUGCGGAUAUUCUGUUUGUGAGGUUUGCUUUGUCGCUUUUGGUAUAUUUUUUGUCUUUCGAGCGGAUUUAUCUUACACCGCCUGACACAUGCUUUGCGCAAUGGCUGCGCGACCCCGCGCAACCUUCACGCACAGAAAAAUUGUGCGACUGAUUGUCGAAGAAGGCAUGGAUAUAAACGCAAUCGAAAUUGUGAGGUCUCUUCCCGAUUUCAAGGCGGAAAUCACCGGCAUUGUCCCCAAUUUCGGGCACAAAUGCUUCUAUAUCACGCUCCGCUCUACCGACGCUGCAACACGCUUGGCCACAACUGGCUUCGACCAUGGGGCUGAAAGAAAGCCGUUGAAAUUACUUGGUGCGAGAACCAUCCACGUUUCAGUGUUUGUCGCUGUGGAAUACCCCGACCAAGACAUUGUAAAUUUUCUAAAGCAGUAUGGACAGUUAAAGUCCGAAAAUCUACGCCGCCUCUGUCAUACCGAGGAGGUUUUACAUCUAUCGAGCAUGGUAUCUGCGUCGCAGAAUUUACUUUACUCGACAGAGAUCUACCCAGGAAAGUUGUGACCCAAGGUCUCGAAAUAUUUUUUAAAUAUACGGGCCAGCCGAUUACAUGCUACCGUUGCGGAUCGACUGAACAUGUGGUUAAAAACUGCCCGAAGCAGCGCCCACGUUUCAAUCAUAUACGCGUGGAGGAUCGUGUUCUCUCCGCCCCACCUAACCCCCCUAAUUCCCAGGACAUGCAAGAAACACAGAUGGAAACGACCUGUGCAGAAGAUUCUGAUGAUGAAAUUUCCGAGAGCGUUAGCAGCGAGAUGUUAUCGUCAGCGCCAGACCUAUAUUUUGGGGCUGUUUCUCGCGAUCUUUUCGCCGAGCCAAGCGAGGGCUCGCGCAAACAACCCCCACCGUCCCCCCUUAAAUCUCGAAACCUAAAGGCUAAAAAAGCCGCGGCGGCAGUCGAAAAUCCAGACAAAAAUCAACCACAAUCUCAGUGAGUAUCGCCGGCCAUCAAAUUUCUUCAGAAGGCCCUUAAACAAACUGAUGUUUGGCAUAAACAACAUCGUCGAUCACAUGAAUUCACCUGGUUUAACUCUGAUUUUUCUAUCGCUAGUCGCCUAGAUAAAUUCUAUAUCUCCUGACCAGUCUGCCUCGUUUUCAUGUGCCCUGUCCUCCUAUAGGUUAAUGGCCGAGCUGUUAGGGCCUCGGUACCAUCUAGACGUUAUUUGAUCCCUGUCUGUACACACUGUACUGUCCUGAAGAGCUUGGCCAAGUAUCUGUUCUCGGACUCAGCCAAUGAUAUCUCCCUGUCCUCGCAUAGAGUGCCAGAUGCAUCAUGGUACCAUAUCCAGGAUGGGCAGGCAGCCAACCAUCCUAGGUCUGGAGCACCUAAAGGGGCAUCACUUCUUGGCCUUUUGGCUAGAUCUCUAUUUUUCAUCUUGGAGGAAUUUUGUUGCGAUUGUUGAAGAAGAAAUUUAGAAGUUUGCUUUUUUUCGGCUGGCGGCGAGAGUGGGUAAGUUUUUUCUCUUGAAUUUUCUCAACCAUGUUUUCUCGCCAUCAUGCCUGAACGGAUCCUGAAUAUCAAUGACCCGCUUGCCACCGCGAUCCCUUGAGGAUCUGAUGAUUAGGUUGUUGUUUCUGACGAAAUUAAUUCAGAAGAGAGUUUGAUUGAUGGUUCUGUGCAUACAGCUGAACUUUAUGAAGAUGUUUCUGCAGAUGAAAGCUUUGAAAAUGAGGAGUUUUUGGAUGAGGUUUCUAGACUUGAACGGGAUUAUUUUGUUUCUCUUCAUGUAGACAAGGCUCCUGUUAAUUCUGCCGUUCUACAGCGCCGCAUAAUGUACAUGAUGGAUUUCUCACCAACUUCGAGCGCGAUAAUUUCCACGUCGAAAAUAUCACUCCUGAUAGGCCAUGUUCGGCUUUUUUUCGAACAAGCCAAUUUGUGUCUGCUGCUGAGGUGUUGAAGGCACUUAACGAUGGUUUCAUUACAAAUCAUAUUCGCUGCCUCCAGCUUAAACCGUCCGGUGAAAUAUAUGUAACUUUUUGCACUGCUGAUUUGCAUGAUAAAUUUAUCCAGCAGCGCUCUUUCUCCUUGACCGGCAAGCCUCAUGCUGCGAAUGAUGCAGAUGGCUCCACUGUUUUUCUUACCAUUUAUGACGCUCCGUACCAGCUACCGGAUACUGCAAUUAUUCACUGCCUUCGGCCAUUUUGACCUAUUAAAACAAACACUUUGGUACUUUGUCAGGCUUACCAUUAACUCAAUUUCGGGUUGCUUUCGACGUUUCAGUGGAAAAUUCCUGAAACAAACGGAACAUCUGAGAAGGCAUUCGCCUAUUUUCCUGGUUGGAAACUUCCAGGCAGAAGUUCGGAUUUCAUGUCUUCAAACCUUUUUUGAAUACUAGUUUCAGGCUUUCAUGGCCGUUUUUCAUUAAACGAAACUGACUUAGGACAAUGGUAAAUGCGAUUACCGAACGGAAUCAAGAUUAAUCAGUCCUGAAUUCUCCUCACCAUUUGCCCAAACCGUGAAGUGACUGGUUUACCCAUGUAAAUAGUAGAAAAGCCUUGUGUCCAAAAGCCUGCUAUACAGGUUCCUCUCAUCGCUAUCUGCCCCUUAGGAAAUUUCGUCAAAAAGCGAUGAGAGGCAGUUGUAUCGCAGACUAUGCGUCAUAUAUCUUAAGUACCUGGAGAGGCCUUGUUAAGUGCAUAGUAGAUCGUAGCAAGGGCAGAUCGUUGCAAUAUCUCUAAUUACUUAUUAAGAGACACAUACGAACAUAGAUUAUUUUUCGAUCGCCUUCAGACCUUUGUUCUGUCGCCUGAGGAUUUAAUUUUAAGUGGCGAUUUUAAUUGUAUUGAUUCUGACCUUCAUCGCUUGAAUAUUAAAUUGGACUUUGACGCGGUCAUGCGUUGCUUGUCGGCCCUUAGGUCCGAUUUCUGUCUUGUUGACAUUUUUUGUAAGAAGAAUCUGAAGGCGAUUUCUUUUAGUUGGUCUAAUAAGGAUUUUUCUCAGGCUUCUCGCCUCGAUCGCUUUUAUAUUUCUUCCUCUCUUCUUCAAUCAGUUUGUGGGAAUAAAUGCUUUCCUUGCCCCCUCUCAGAUCACGAUUUUGUUGAUUAAUUUAUUUCCCUGGUUAAUGUUUCUUUUCAUGGAAGUGGUGUUUGGAAAUUUAACUGCUCUCUCCCUUCCUAUGAUGAAUUUAUUAAUGAUAUGACCGCCUUGAUCACCGUUGAAAAAGAGAAAAUUCCUCUGUCUAGUUAAACUCGCUAUUCCUCUACUCCAGACAAAUGUUAAGAAAAAUAGUUUUUCUGGAGCAGUUCUUUAGAAUAGCCUUCCUAUAUAUUGACCAGUAGUAGGCGAAGUCUCUUCGAGUUUUGAGGGCCGGCUGCAAACAAUUCUUCUGGAGAUUUACACAGUACUAAUGUAAAGCAAACUAAGGCUUUCAGUCUUAUUCGGUUUGUGAUAAAGACAAAGGUAAGGUUUUGGAGGCCUGCUUGGGCAUCUAAGUUUCAUGGACUAAGGUUACGGAGGAUGAGGAAGGUCCUCAAGUCUGUCUUUCCUUUUUAGGUGUUCCCAUUCGUUCGUUACAAAGUUCUUUUUAGGUUAAGCAUUAUACUCUAUUUUGUUUCCCUAUUUUUAUUGUUAUUUAUGUAUUUGUUUUUGCGGAAAAGACGAUGUUCUCUUUCCAAACGCUGUUGAAAGGAACUUUCAGUCUUUUAACCCGUCAUCUGUAGUUCAGUAUUACAGCUAGAGUUUCCAUGACACUUAAACGUCAAUCAGUGCAAAGUCUUUCAGACCACAAAGCAGCCCGUACUUUUUGCGUAAGCCAAGAACGCAGAAUAGUCGAAGGAAUGGUCUGGAGCAAAACAAAAUGGUCAUUCCCUCUUGUCUGGAGCAGAGGGGGCGCAGCGGGGGAGGGGGGAGGUGAGUGAGACUGGAGAGAAUCGAAAAAUAAGUCUAAAAAAUACGAUAGAAAAUGACAAAGAAAAAAUGAAAGAAAGGAAACAAGAAAGAAAAAAAAAUCGCAGUCUAAAAGCAGUUGAAAAGUUGGUACUACCAAAUCUGUUCCUGCUGAUCAAUAACAAAGCGCCAACAGUGCUUGACGCUCCAGUUGAAUACCGUAUUUAUUCGAAUAAGCGCCCAACCUCGAAUUAGCGCCCACCUCGAGUAAGCGCCCAUCCUAAAGGCAGAAAAUUUAAUAAGUGCCCACCCCCACCACACUUCCCCCGACACAAACUCAAAUAAGAGAUAAUAAGAGACCCUCCCAAAGACGGGGUUUUCUUCAGAGCAUUUUACAGAAACCUUGCUUUGUUACAUCUCCGCUUUUUAUUAUUACCAUUUAUUUUUUUGGUUGCAAAAUAAACAUACUACACUUGCUGAGAAUGGCGAAAAUUUAAUAAGCGCCCAGCCUCUAACAAGCAUCCACCUCGAAUAAGCGCCCACUCUCAAGGUCCAAAAAUUUAAUGAGCGCCCAGGGCGGUUAAUCGAAUAAAUACGGUAUAUACCAUAAAAAUUUGUAAAUAAAGGAGGUAGUUAACCUGUAACAGGCCUUCAGGUAGUUAGGAAAACGCAAAGAAAAGUGGCCUAGAAAAAAUGGCGAAGGGGCGGGGUUAGGGAGAGAGGGUGAAAGGUCCUCCUACUCUUUCCCCCUUACUCUCUUCCACGUUUGUUUUCCUCUGUUCCCCAUUUCGCGCCACUGUCUACUAUCCACUAUUCACUGUCCACUACGCCUGGAAUAGGCUAGUUUAUAGUGGGCCAGAGAGUUUUCUUCCAAUGUAUAUAUAAUAUAGAUUGUAUGCUGGAAUUUGGCAUGUGAUCAGUGUUGAAUAGAAUGUUGAAAGUGAAUCUGUCGUUAACACCGCUGGCAUGAUGGAGUGUGUCACGCUAUUUUUAACCACUGGAAUGUCACGAUUUUUCGCAAAAUUAGGGUUGAACUCAGCAUCUUGCGGGGUACUUAAAAUCGUUUGCCCAGAGAUUUGUUUCGAUUUUCUGAUAGAUUGGGGCCUAGUUAACCCAUAUAAAGUCAAUUUGCGAAAUUCUAAGUUAUGGCGCAUUGUAAAAAUUUACAUUAUUUUAACCCUAUAAUUUUGAACCGGUGAAAUUGUCAAUAGGGCCUAUUUUUAACAAUACCUUUUUGGCCACAAACUUUUUACAGCUUUCACAAAUUUAUCGUCUUAUAAGAAAGAAAGAGUCACGAAAACUAUUUGUGUUCUUCAAAGGCGGACAUAUCGCUGUGGUUUGACGUAUGAGUCAAUGAAAUGUGUGUAAAAUUUCGUUUUACCUGAAGUGGAUUUUGAGCUCUGAACGGGCAAAAUGAGUUUUCUCAAAUUUUAACAAAAGAACACGUUAUUUGGGAAAACAAGCUACAGCAUGUUUCAUUACUCAUUAAGGGUUAUCGAUGAGCCAAAAAUGAGCGAAAUUCGAAUUCUGAACUUGUGCCACAAAAAGUCGAUUUUGGUCGAUAUUUACAGACAGUUGCUCUUAAACAUCUUGAGAACCCUUCACAACUAUGUUCCCUACGGUGGUGAUGGCGAUGAUUGGCAAUAUGGUGAACAAGGCAUUGUGGGAGACCAACUAAGCAUAGAGCAGGCAGUGAAUGGCCACAUUUCCCUUGCUAAUGGAUUCACUCCAGAAGACAGAUUAGAAGGGCUGCACUUCGAGGUAGCUGACUGGCAUGCUGGUAACAAAUUUCUGGAGGUAAGCAUACAG